AUGUCCCGGUCCAUGAUGUCGGCCACCUCGGAAAGCCUGAAAGCUAUUUGGUGUGUCGUGGAAUUGCUUCUGACGAUCCAUAGUCUGGCUCUUUCUCUCCUCAGUCUCUUCAUUCGAGCGCUUGGAAAUCCUCCGCUUGUAACGGUCGCACUCAAAUUUGUUUCAUUCCACUAUCUUCGAGAUUCAAGCCUGAAUCGUGCUCGCCGCCAUGUGGCUGCGCAGAGGGAGGGGUUGAAUCAGAGCAGCGACCCAUGUCGACCAUAUAAUUAG